CUCUACAUACAAAAAAAAACAUCUUCCUGUUUGAACAGUGACCAAAGUAGGUCCAUAACCAAAGUCCACUUCUACUGAGUGAACAGAGACCUGUCACCAGCAUGUCUGUUCCAGUCAGCAUGGAGCUGUCUCCCCCUCCCUCAGGUCUAGAAGCAGAAUAUAAGACACUUUUCACCACAGACUGCCUUCUCUUCCUCCAUGAGCUGAUCUCCACAUUUAAUGAGGAGGUGGAUCAGGUCCUGCAGUUACGAGUGACUAGAAAAGUAAAUUUGGACCUUUCGGGUGACCUGCCAAACUUUCUGGAAAGCACCACACAUAUCAGGAGAGACCCAGCCUGGAGGGUGCUCCCCGUACCCCCGAGGCUCCAAAGAAGACAUGUGGAUAUUGGGGAUCUGGCUCCUUGUGAUACCCAGUGCUUCAUCAAAGCUCUCCAGUCACCAGCGCAAGGCAUACAGGUGGACUUUGAUGAUGGGAACUGCCCGACAUAUUACAACCAGAUCAAAGGCAUUCAUAAUGUUUAUAAGGCAGUUCACAACCACCUCCCCAAUGUUCCACACAUAUCUCAGGCUCCAGUGCUGAUGCUCCGUCCUCGCGCCUGGAACAUGGUGGAGCACAAAAUGAUGGUGGAGGGGAGGGAGGCUCCUGGUCCUCUCUUUGACUUUGGACUCCUCAUGUUUCACUGUGGAAGGACACUUUUUGAAAACAAGAGUGGACCCUUUUUCUACCUCUCAAAAGUGGAAAGCUUCAUGGAGGCCAGACUGUGGAACAAGAUUUUUCUCUGGACACAACACAAGUUGGGCCUUCCACUGGGCAGCAUCAAGGCAACGGUGCUAAUUGAAAAUGUAUUGGCAUCAUUUGAGAUGGAGGAGAUUCUCUAUGAGCUGCGGGAUCAUUCAGCAGGACUCAACUGUGGCAUCUGGGAUUAUUCAGCCUCCUUUGUCAAUAAGUUUGGUCACCGCCAAGCCUUCCUGCUGCCUGACCGCAGUAAAUAUGUCAACAUGGAGAAGCGUUUUCUGCGCACCUACAUGGACCUGUUGGUUCAGACGUGUCAUCGUAGGGGAGCGCUGGCCACAGGAGGCAUGGCUGCCCUGCUGCUGCCUCAGGACCCACUCAGUGACUCCCACAAGAGAGUGUUGGCUACUGUCACCAGACUGAAGUUGCUGGAGAUCAAUGCAGGUGUGGACGGUUUCAUGGUUUAUGAUCUGAGCUUGAUUGAGCCCAUGCAGAAACUCUUCAAGCUCCACACUGAAGGGGAUAACCAGCUUCACCAGCUUCGAAAUGACAUCACCGUAACUCCUGACGACCUGCUGUCCAUGCCUUCGGGAGGAGUCACACUUUAUGGUUUAAAACACAACAUUUCAGUUGGUGUCCUCUUCAUUAAUGCUUGGCUAUCAGGUAUAGGCCACUUUUUCUACAGAGGCCAGGUCGAAGAUUCAGCCACAGCAGAGAUUUCCAGAUCACAGGUGUGGCAGUGGAUCCGUCAUCAGACUCAGCUGGAGGAUGACAGCAGGGUGGUGAGCAAGCGGUUGGUGACUGACCUCACCAAGGAGGUCAUGAUGGAGCUCAGGGCUUCCUGUCACAUUGUUGGGGCUAAACAGAGGUUACAUACAGCAGCUGACAUCUUCCUGGAGGUGGUCCUAAAGAGAGAUUUCCCAGAGUUCAUCACCACCUACUUGAAUCAGGAGCACACCUUUCUCAGCUCCCAGAGGGCUGGACAGGUGGAGGCUCUUGAUGAAGACACACCCCAAUCCAAAAUGUGAGGGUUCAGCUGGGAGACUGCUUCCUGUUCUUACCGCAUCAAUCUCUGCACAUACAGUAUCACACUUUGAGGACUUCACUUGGAAAUUACAAAGGACAUUAUUUUUGGCUAUAAAGCCUUAAUCAGUCAGUUAAAGAAAAUAAGAUGAAUCGAUAAUAAAUAAAGCUUAGUUGUGGCCAUCA